CCUGGUGUUCAGUAAAGAGAAACACCACCAGCUGCAGGACAGGAUGCCGUAUCAAACAACAGGAAACGCCCACUUUAGUUAUUGCACGUGUCAAUAAUGUUUGGUAACAAGUGUCCCCUUGGGAGGCAAUUAACGGGAAUCGUUCACCGGUGAGCAGAGUUUAGACUUUUCAAGUUUGGCAGCUGAAGUUUGACGCAGAACGUUCCUUGUCUGUUUGAGGCCUGUGUGGGAAGAUGGAGUGGCGAGAACAGACCAGUGUGACCUGUGAAGAUGCCUUCACCGAGGCUCAACGGUGGAUGGAGGAAGUGACAAACAAAUCAUUCGGGAGCAACAACUUCCGCUCUGCUCUGGAGAACGGAGUCCUGCUCUGCCAUCUAAUCAACCAGUUGAAACCAGGCCUUGUUAAGAGAAUGAACACACUGCCUACUCCAAUGGCUGGACUGGACAACGUGAAUGUGUUCCUGAGAGCGUGUGGUACACUGGGUUUACACGAGGCUCAGCUGUUUCACCCUGGAGACCUGCAAGACCUUUCCACACGCGCUACACUCAGGUGUGUAGAGAGCAAAAGGAGGCUGAAAAACGUUCUAAUCACCAUCUACUGGCUGGGUCGGAAGGCUCAGGUGGACCCCUUCUACUCUGGCCCUCAACUCAACCUCAAAGCAUUCGAGGGACUACUGGGCAUCGCGCUGUCCAAGGCUCUAGAGGAAACCCCCAGAGGCAGUGUGAAGGACUGUGACUACAGUGACGUGAGCUACCCGGAGAGGGACGAUGAGCUGCUACCUCUAACCCAGUCCCAGCCACCCGGCUACAGCAGACAGGACUCCGUAGAGAGCUUUAACUCGGUCCUGAGCUUUGACUCGGCGGAGUCACGUACCCGCAGCUGUAUCUCUGACUCCAUCCUGAGGGCCGGCAGCGAGGACUCCAGCAGUGACGUGGAGGCAGAGAACUGUUUUAGGAUGAGGGCAGCGGCGGAGGGCAGAGACUCGGGACAGAGGAACUGGGGCAACGUACCUGCACCCCUCCAGAGGAAGAAACGGGAGGAAAACCGAAUUAAGGGCUCCAUGCCCAGCCCCCUCACCAGAAACUCGGAGGUAAACCCAGGAUGGAUAUGGAGCAAGUCGUUGAAUGACAUCAGGUGGUUCCCGUCGGCCACGCAAGUGGUGCGCCAGGUUUCUGAGGGUGGCAUGGAGCUAAGCCCCAGCGCCGUGAGCCAGGACCAGCUGCAGAUGGUCAGAGUCCGGGUCCACGAGAGUGAGGCCAAGUGGCACAACGACCUGACCAAGUGGAAGCUCCGGCGUCACAGGUCUAACUGUGACCUGCGGAGGAAGAUGCAGGAGAGAGACAACAUCGUCCUGAUGACCAACGCAGGGGUCGUUACAGGCGGGACAUGCAGGAGCCUACAAGAGGACAGGGAAGAGGAUGAGGAGUCCCUAUGCAGCAGUAGCCACAACAAGGUCUCUCCCUCCACCUUGGCCAAGGAGGGUUCCCUGGAGCUCCGACCCCACACCAGAGCCCCGCUGGCCCUCAGCUCCUCCGUGGAGUCUCCCUACAGCUCCGGAGCCUCGGAACCCUUCACCACCCCCAGCCUGACCCUCCAGGCCCAGGGACCCUCAGCCGGAGCCGUGCCCCAAUCAGAGCCCCUCGUCCUGGGGGAGAGGCGUCACACACCGGUGGAGCCAGACGGAGCUGGAGGUUUAGCCACUUUACCCAACUCUGCCUCUCCCUUCUCCUCCCAGACCCAUGCCCAGACCAUCUCUAGCCCAGCUCUCGUGAUCUCCACUGGACGAGACCAGAACAUCUCCUUGCUCUCAAACGGGAUCCCCACGACCCUCACUGGAUCUGGCUCAUGUCUUACUACCAGUUCUUCUCUAACUACCUCUGACCUGGUGAACGGUACCGGCUCAAACCUAACCAGCGUUACCAGCUCCCACAGCCCCUCUGCCUCCAUGGACAUCCCAGACCAAGCCCUCCUCUCUACUGUAGAGUCCCUGACCUCAGGGGUAGCCCCAGCCCCGGGUCAUGUCUCAGCUCCCCAGCAGCAGGUGCUCCCCCUCUACAGGUACAGCUCCAGGGCUCCAGGAGGAAGAGGAGGGGUUUCUGCUUCUCUCCCCAGGGGAUACCGCCGGUCUGAGGGCUCUUCGUCCUGCCUCUCUGCCGGCUUCACCCCCCGGCCGUUUGGAGCCAAGUCCUCCAGAGUGUCCUCGCUACCCAGGCUCUACAACUUGGAGAACUCUCUACUGAACAGAAACGGUUCCCUGCUCCCCAGCGAGACUGCUCCCUCACGCCCCCAGAAAAUGGUCACUAUCUCCGAGGUCGCUGUCAGGGCUCAGCCCUGGGCCACAGCCAAUCAGAGCAGUGUGAACCAGGAAGUAAAUGAGGAGGGAGGGAGUCAGACCCAGCCCUCCAUCCUGAAGGCCAGAGGUGGUCCCGGACCUACCACCCACCCCAAACCCAGCCGGAAGGGACCCUUACCCCCUUCUCUCCUGCCCAGCCUCCCUGUCUCAGUCAGACAGAAUGGCUCUGCACAGGUACGGCCCAGUGACAGAGUGUGUCUCACCUUGAAGCUUAACAGUCGACCACACUUUGGUUUCAACACUCACUGGGACUCAACAGGAGCACGAGUUGGAGGCAUCCAACCAGGUAGUCCUGCAGAGUUGUGCCAGCUGCGUGCAGGUGAUGAGAUAGUGUCUGUUGGUGGGCACAGGGUGGCAGAGAUGACCCACAGCCAGUGGAAGGGCACCAUGACCUAUGCCCUGCAGACGGGCAGUCUCACCAUGGACGUACAGCGCCAUGGUGACAACAGUCCAACUGAUACCAGCAGAGACGCAGCGAUGGUGAAUCUGGCCCAGCUCAACGGACAAGAGGGGGUGACCUCUAUAAGCAUGAAGGGGGCUUUUCGGGACGAUCCUCUGGCUACCAGAAGUAAAGAACAUGAUCUGAUUGUUUUGAAAACCCAGAAAAGGAGAGCAGAGUUUUUUCAUCAGAAAGGAGGAUCGGCGUCUGCAAUAUCUGAUCUCCAGGUGCCGUCCCUCAGCACCUCCCCCUCCAGUUGGUCCUGGGACCCCGAGGAAGAGAGGAGGAGGCAGGAGAAGUGGCAGGAGGAGCAGGAGUGUAUCCUACAGGAGAAGUACCGGCAGGACCAGAAGAGGCUGGAUGCUGAGUGGCAGCAGGCCCAGGAGGAGGCAGGGGUGGAGGGAUACAGGCAGGCUGAGGUGACCCCUGAUCCUCUACCGUCCAGAGGCAUCGUGGGAAAUGUAGUCCCUUGUGUCAAAUCCUCCACACCGAACAUGGAGAGCUCAGGAGAGAUGACCGACGGGAUCGCUAGCCUUGCCAGUCCUCAGCCAGUCUUGAGCCAGCCCAUGCCCCCUGUUGCCCGUGUGGCAUCCAAUCAAAAGAAGGAAGACGUUUUCGACGGGGGAAGAAGGGAGGAGCCUCAUCCUCAAGAAGGGAGGAGCCUGGAAGAAGAGACGGAUGGCCUGGCAGAAGGAGAUAACUGGUCUGGGGACUGCUAUGGUUUCACCCAGCUAUCUAUAGCUGACAGGAUGAAAUCCAAGUCCUUCCCGUCGUUGGAGGGUUUCCACAGACAGGAGGUGAAAGGCGGUACCGGGGAGGUCGCUAGGAGGAAGCCUGGUCAGAGCAUGUCGGUAGUAGAGGCUGAGAGGCAACAGAUCCUGGAGGAGAUGAGGAAGAGGACGGCUCUGCUGACCGACAACAGCUGGAUACGACAACGCUCCACCUCUGACAACAAACAACCAACUAACCGGCGAGGGCCAAUGAGGAGGUACGACUCUCUGGACAACCUUCCCUCCUCUUCCUCCCUGCUCUCUAACCCCCAACGCCCCCACUCCUCCCUGGGUUUCUCCGCCCCGUACCACCCCCCCUCCUCCCGGCACAGCAUGGGUGGGGCCCUGGGGGGUUACUCCAACGGGACCCAGAAACACAGCCCUACCUGGCCCCGCCCCUUCAGCACGUCUUCCACCCCACCCAACACCGGAGAGGAACCCGCCACCGGCCAAUCACGACCCGUCUCACAGCAGCACGACCGAGUGCUGACUUCUCGUCAGGUGUGUUCAGUGUGUGUGUGUCCUAUGGGCAGAGGGGCUGCCAUGGUCAUUGAGACCCUGAACCUCUGCUUCCACCUGGCCUGUUUCCAGUGUGUGGACUGCAGGUGCCGACUUGGAGGGUCAGAGGUCAGAGCCCAGAUCAGAAUCAGUAACGGGAAGCCUUACUGUGACACCUGCUAUAUCCGACUCAAGUCCCACCUCGCCACCUCCCUGUGACCAGAAUGCAUUGCAGCAGAUUGAGGAAGAGACGACGACAACACCCUCGAACACGACGGUGGACAUCUUGACUAUGACCUCGUGUUGACCGUAUU